AUGUCGACCCCAUUCCUGUUGACCGAAACCUCAUCGCCAUCCUCGGAGUGCAUGGUCUGCCGCGGGAUUGACCACGUCACCGUGGUGUGCCUAGAGGAGGCGCACUUUGGCAUGCUCUUCGAUUAUUGCUUAUUGCCCAACAACUCUCGUUGCCCCAUGAAGCUCAGUCGCGUCCAGUCGUCCGAACAGGAGAGAGCUUUCAUGCUCCAGCGCGCGAAGGAACUCAAAGGCGGUCCCCCGAGGUUCGGCGGAUGGGUAUACAUGGGGAUGAUGCGCGAGUUUUGGAAAGAGACCAACAGGGGCAAGGCUUGUUUAUCCCUGUUCUCCCCAAGCAGCGCGUGGGCGGAAGGGCGGACAGCACUGGUGGAGGCCCAGAUCUACGUUGAUACAAAGUUCGUUCCGAUCCCCAUGCCUCUCCUGGGGGAGAUCAACGAUGCGGGAUCGGAAAUGAUCAUACGAGGGCCAAGCUUUCAGCCCCUCUUAAUGCAGCUUGUUCCGGGUCUGAACCCGUUCAAACGACAACCAAGAUCAGGCCCCCGUCCCGUCCCGAGCCUCGACAUCUACGACCCGGCCCUGGAGACGUUUGGUCCACCAAAGACGAGCCGAUUCUUCUGUCUUCGUCUUCCCCUCCCUCUCACCAGCGUCCCGGUGCUGAAGCUCUCGAGCAUUGCGAUGACACCGUACGUGAUGGACUACGCUGCCAGAGCGCUCACAAUGCCGCCCAUGUGCUCGAUGAAGCGCAACUUCAUCGAAGUGGACUGGAUCUGGCCGGUAGGACUUGCCAAGCCUCGCGAAUACCUGGAGGCAGAGUGGAGGGUGGUGAGGAUGCCUGAUCCCAUGGGUCUGGUGGCAGUGCGUCCGCGACCUGGACAGCCGGGGUGUCAGGUGCGACGGGCAGGCGAGGGCAAGGAGGUGCGCUGGGAGAAGCUCAUUAAACUGGGCUCGGACGCGGAGAACCCCAUCGUUGUAGUCUGA